AAAAACAAAAAAAUAAAAUAUAUCAAUACAUAAUAAUCAUAAUAGCAAGAAUCGCACAAUUAACAGGAUUAACCGGAACAACAAACCAUCUCGACUCCAAGUUUUGAUGCUGGUCACUGGUUGCGGUGGCCCCGCCUAGGCUAAGACAUCCUUAUCCUACUUCCCGCUUUGCUAUCAGACUACUAACAGACAAACAAUCCUGCUGGCCUUUUUCUUUCCCCAGACUUGCGCCACUUCUCCCUCCGUUUAUAAAUCCCGACCUUCUCCAGGUUUUCCAGAAUUUCCACCGCAAAAGUAACUCCAUCAUCUCACUUCUUGCUCCUCCUCAUUCUAUCUAAGCUUCGGGACUCUCCGACGGAACUUGUCUAUCUCUCUAUCUGUCUGUCUGUCUGUCUGUCUGUCUCUCGCGUUAUAUCUCUCUAUAUCUCCCCCCUCUCUCCCCCUCCCUUUAGAACAGCGCCGUUUCCCUUCCUAUAAAACUCUCCCCUCCCCGCCAAAUCCCCGGAUCCUAUACCACACCCAUAUUUUCACGGCCCGGCCAACAACGCAUGUUACACCCGUUCCGUUCAUGAGUUUGACGCGCGCUUCACACAUAUAAAUCAACUUUGCUUUUUCGAUUGCCCAGGUUCGAGAGGAGCGUUUUUAUAUACAAAUCGCUGGCUCGAUCCGUUGUCCAAGAUGGAAACGAGUGCGCCAGAACCUAUCCACCAUCAACAUGAUCACCACCUGAGGCGAGCUUCCCCGCCUCCAGGCCCUUUUGGAUAUCCUGCAUUCAAUGUCGAUUCGCCGUAUGACGGGCCACCCGCGCCGCCACCUGGACCCUCUCUCCUAGAUGAUACGGAAUCUAGUAUGCUUAACAAUUUCUUCAUGUCAAUGGAUCAUUUGGACAAUAACGAUUUCUGGUUCUCCUUCGGUCAAGAUAAGCCGGGCGGAAACUUUGGGUUUGAAUGGCCCGAUGAGCUCCCUCCUACCUUUGAAGGUUCAACAACGUCUCUGGGACCAGUUCCAUCCUUCGCGAACGGGAUACAUCAAGAGGGAAUUACUGUGGGAAAGACACCAUCGUCGCAUAGUUCGGACGUCUUAGCUGCCGCUUCCAUGCUUUAUCAUAAAAACAACCUUAUUUCGCAUGAUUACGCCCCUGACCACAUGUUCACUACGGAAAACAACAAUUAUCUUAAUGGCGUUCACGGCUAUAACAAUUCUCAUAGUAACAAUAGCUCGAGGACAAAAUCCUCCUUCCUACCUCCACGUUUCGUUGAGGCACUGCCACCUGGGUCUUUACCUAAGGACAUUGCUGUGCUUGGUAAAGGAUUCCAUACCACCAAAAUGUAUUUCGACGUCGAGCACCAUCUCGGGCCUGAACAACAACAGCGAAUCAGCACGCUCCGAUGGGGCUCAGAUUCCAGAUUUUCAGAUCGACGUUACCGUGCUCCCGUAGACGAACCUAACGAAGAAGAUCGUACCAAAGAUCUACUACAAAACCUGGAUUGCCUGGAGUCUCAAAGUAGCGCAACCAACACACGCGCUUCAAGUCCUGUUCGAAGAUCAUUUGAUCCUGCGAUGCCAGAAUGGGCUUCCCUAGGCACAUCCGCACCAAGCCCAAGCACAAAUAACGGCGUUAAAUCUUCGUCAGCGUCGAUACCCACGCAAAACGAUCCAACGCAAGCUGAAGACGGCUCAAGACCCAAGAAGCGCCGAAAGAGCAGGAACAGAAUGAAGGACGAUGACAUGGAUAUCGACCCACCAAAUAAUAACAAUAAAAUCAACAGCACGAAUAACAGCACAAACAACAAAGAGCCAAACGGCCGCCAAUCCUCAUCAAGAUCCAGACGCUUCUCUUCCACCGGCACAGAUUCAACAACGACAACAACAACUCGAAAACCCAAGACAGGACAAGGCGGCAAACCACGCGAAAACCUCACGGAAGAGCAGAAACGAACCAACCACAUCCUUUCCGAGCAGAAGCGGCGAAACCUCAUCAAGCAAGGCUUCGAUGACCUAUGCGCUCUCGUACCGGAACUACACGGUGGCGGCUUCAGCAAGAGCACCAUGCUCGUGCAGGCUGCGGAGUGGUUAGAGGAUCUAUUGCGUGGUAAUGAGAGGUUGCAGAAUCAGCUGGAUGAGUUGAAGAAGAAGCAUGUGACUGGUACGAAUACAAGUACUACUACUAUGGCGACGGAUAUGACCACGGGAUAAAAAUCUACGUUUUUCUUUUUCAUUUAUUUUUUAUUCCCCCUGGUUUUCCUUUUUUGUCAUUCCUCCCCGAACAUUUUUAUAAUUCUCAUAUAUAUAAAUUUUCACUCUGUCUUCAUUUUCUAUAUAUAUAUGCAUAUAUAUAUCCUGAUCAUACCAUACCUCUGUUUUUUGAUAUUUUACUUUUUCAGAGCUAUCAUGCUUUCUUUUCUGCAUCUAAUUUAUAUACCACAUUUCGCGCCUAUUACGCUGCUGCAAUUAUUGAAUGAAGAGAUGGGUGGGAGGGAUGAAUCAUCACAACCACCACAAACAAACACAGUUGGUUCUAUCCCAAAUGAAGGCGGAAGAAAAAGAGAAAAAGAAAUAAAGAGAGAAAGCCCACGGACGAAGCCUCGCGCAUCUUUCGUUUUCAUGUAUAUAAUUAAUAAAAACAUAAAAACAUAAAACAACGAUUCAUAAAACAGUGUCAAACAACUCUCUUCUCUAGCUCUAUCUCUAUCUCUUUCCUUUACGAAGCUACAACAACAAUAACAAGGAUAAAUAAAAGCGUUACCUACCAGCCCGUUCCAGUCUGCUUCGUUCCGAUUUACUCCUUUCUUUUUCUUUUGGUAACUACAUACAGCUCAAUUACACUUAUAUCUUGAUUUUCGCUUUUUUUGUCUCAUGCAUUCCUCAUUCCUCAUUUUCUAACUCUGGCAGGACGGACGGGGAGUGGUGGUUUCAGGUCCCGAGGGGGGGGGGAGCACAGGCGGGAGGGAGGCAAGGGAAACAAGCGACGAUUGAUCCGAGAGGGUCUAUUUUAACUUCU